CUGGGCAUGGUUUGUCAUUCUAGUUGAAGGCUGUUCACUUCCUUCCAGUCAUGGUGUUCUUCAUUCUGCUCUUCUUGACUGUCUUUUCAGAUGCUAUGGUCAUGGACGAAAAGGUCAAGGAGAGCUUUGUGCUGGACACAACUUCUGCCACCUGCAGCUACAACGCCCACUAUAAGGACCACCCCAAAUUUUGGUGCCGAGGCUACUUCCGGGACUACUGCACCAUCAUCGCCUUCACGCCCAACAGUACGGACCGUGUGGCCCUGAGGGACACGGGAAGCCAGCUCAUCAUCACUGUGUCCUGCCUGACCAAGGAGGACGCAGGCUGGUACUGGUGCGGCAUCCAGAGGGCCUUUGCCAGGGACGACAUGGAUUCUACCGAGCUGGUGGUGACUGAUAGCUCGGGAGGCCUGGCCAGUGAUCUCUGGUCUGGGAAAGGCCUGUCAGGCAACAAGACCAGAAGCUGCAAGGCAUCCAGAGUGGUCCGCAAGACUGAUCGCUCCAGGAUGUCCAUUCUCAUCAUCUGCAUACUGAUCACAGGCUUGGGGGCCAUCUUUAUAAUCAGUCAUUUGUCCAAAAGAAGGAGAAGCCAAAGGAGUAGAAGGGGUAAAAUCCUCGCUAGAAGCCAGAAAACCAGUCAAGCUUCUUUUGUGAUCCCCACACCUCUGACAAGUCACUGAAGCCCUCCUCCUGUGUCCUGACUCCAUAGAAAAUGGCUCAUGCUGAACAGAUGUGACUGAAGAUUUAUUUAGUUUAUGAAUUAAGUGAUGCUACAAUAGAGUUGUCAUGACAACCGA